GCAAUGCAGCUGGGAGAUUAAAAAGGGAAGAUAAGGUUUGAAUGUCACAUUUGCAAGGCAACCUCUUAGUCCUUGCUUUGCUCCAAGAAGCCGGAGAAUUGCCAAAAUGUUGGUGCUGGUGUUAGGCGACCUUCACAUCCCGCAUCGAUCUGGAAGCCUCCCGGCCAAGUUCCGAAAGCUCUUGGUUCCUGGGAAAAUCCAGCACAUCCUCUGCACUGGGAAUCUCUGCACCAAGGAGACCUACGACUACCUCAGGACCCUGGCUGGGGAUGUUCACGUGGUCAGAGGGGACUUCGAUGAGGGGACGAGUUACCCACAGCAGAAAAUUGUCACCGUUGGGCAGUUCAGAAUCGGCUUGAUCCACGGCCAUCAGGUGAUUCCGUGGGGCGAUCUAGCCAGCUUGGCCAUUCUGAGGAGGCAGCUGGACGUCGACAUCCUCAUUUCCGGGCACACCCACAAAUUUGAGGCAUUGGAGCAUGAGAAUAAGUUCUACAUUAACCCAGGAUCGGCCACUGGUGCUUACACUGCCUUGGAAAGGAAUGUCAUUCCUUCAUUUGUUCUGAUGGACAUCCAGUGUUCGACAGUUGUAACGUAUGUGUACCAGCUCCUUGGAGAUGAUGUGAAGGUGGAACGGAUUGAAUUUAAGAAGAUCUCCAAUGCCUGAAGUUUUUCAUGCAACGCCUCUUGACAUUUCUUCCUUCAUUUUCUUCCCUUGUCACAACUUCACUGUUGCCUCAUGCCAUUUUUAAUAGGGACUUCCUGUAUAAGCCUUGAAAGGCUUCACAGAGCCUCACAGAGAGGCUUAUAUAGUAAGUCCCUAUCAAAAAUGGCGGCAACAGCGGUAAGCCACCAUUGUACCUCUGUUCUAAAAGAUUGAAAAAAAUGUGUAUAGUCAGUUAUGGAAACAUGACUGAUGGGAGAAGAAGUGGGAUUGUCUACAUGACCUAAAUUGUCCACAUUUCUGUUUGGAAUAAACCUGGUUUUGCAAUGUG